AUAUUUAAGGCCGCUAACAAGAUAGCAAAUAAAGAUUUAGUAACAAUUCAGGAAUUUAUAGUAUUAAAAGAUUUUUUAUUAAAAAAGAUAUUGCAAUCCAACAAUGAUCAAACAGAUUUUUUCUCUUGUGUUGAUGUCUUUUACAAGUCACUUAGAAAUAUUCAAUAUAAUCAAGCCAAGAGCAUAAUAUUUCAAGCUCAAGAAGCAACGAAUAAUUCUGAAAAG